CCCACCACGCGCCUUCUCGUGGAGGGAAGCAGCCGCCCCCUCACUGCCGAGGCUCCACCAUGGCCUAUCAGGCGGAGAUAACGCAGCCCGGCCGGGUACAGACCAGCUACUCCUAUGGCAACACCAAUGCCUGGAGCUCCGGCAUGUGCGACUGCUUCGCGGACAUGGGCGUGUGUCUCUGUGGUACCUUUGUGCCCUGCAUCCUGGCCUGCCAGGUGUCCCAGGACUUCGGCGAGUCCUGCUUCCUGCCCUGCCUGCCCGGCACCUUGCUGGCCCUGCGCACGGGGGUGCGGGAACGGUACCACAUCGAGGGCAGCAUCUGCGACGACUGGCUGGUCAUGGCCUGCUGCGGGCCCUGCGGCCUCUGCCAGCUGUCCCGGGAGCUGUCCCAGCGGAAAUGAGGGGCCGGAGAUCCCGGCUCCAGCAAGGGGGGCUCUGAACUGCCUCCGCAGCACGAAGAAAAUCUGCCCCCCCCCGCCCAGGGAGGAGACCAGGGACAGCGGGGGGGGGGGAGCCCCUGCCCCAAACCCCCUAAAUAAAUAACCCACAAACUCCUUGCAGUAGCCUGUGUUUAUUAGUGGGGCCCUGGCACCCGGCAUCCUCGGGGGCUGUGUGAAAAAUAUGAACUAAAUGGGCAUAUGGGG